AUGUUUGCCCUCUCGGGUUCGCCUAAGUCAUCAUCAUGUCCCUUGUCCUCUUAUUUUCAGUUUUGUGGGGUGGCUCAGGAGGAUGAUUGGCACGUUUUUUUCGGGUGUUCGAAAACUAACUCUUGUUGGAAGGAAGCAGGUUUGUAUGACACUGUUGCACCUCUUCUUCAUCUUUCUAACGAUAUUAGAUCACUCAUUCUUAUUUUGUGUAGUAAGGAGGAUAGGAAGGUUGCUGGGCGUUUUGCUAUGAUGAUAGAGACUUUAUGGCACAAUAGGAAUGAGUACAUUUGGAACAAUGAAAAGGAGGAGGCAUCGAGGCUUGGGUGGUUAGCCUUCCAUAAGUGGCAAGAGUGGUGGUUGGCUCAAAAUUCUCAAGAUAGUGAAACGACCCCCCUUCACACUCAUCAAUGGCUUCCACCCCCUCCGGGUUGGUUUAAGUGCAAUGUCGAUGCGGGUUUUAAUCGUAAUUGUGGGACUACUAAUAGAGGUUGGUGCAUUCGGGAUGAUUUGGGGAACUUUAUUACUGCGGGUGUCGCUUGGGAUGUGGGUUCUUCUUCUACUUUAGAAGCGGAGGCUUUGGCUUUGAAGGAAGCUAUCCAAGGAGCUUUAUCUCUCCAUCUUGAUCAUGUUGUUUUCUCAAGCGAUUCUCAACAAGUGGUGCAAGCUAUCCAUUCAAAUUCCUUAGGAGGGUCCGAGUUCAGCUUUAUUAUUCGUUCUAUUAAGUUGUUGUUACUUUAUUCUCCAAACUUUAAGGUAGAGUUUGUUAAGCGUCAAGCGAAUAUGGUUGCCCAUUGUUUAACAAAGGCGGCCAAUUCUUGGCCUCGACGUAGUUCCCUUAUCAGUUAUAAGUCAUCAGCUAUUAGCUACCUACUACCUGCUACCAACUAUCAAUCAUCAGCUACUGACUACCAGCUAGCUUAUCAGCUAUCAACUAGUUUUACCAAACAGUGCCUUAAAUUAUAA